AUGUUUGCUGACUCGAGUCAGUCUAGUCGUAUUUUAUAUGAUAUAGACAUUGUCGCCGCAUGGAAACCCGAUGAUGAAACUUCAGUAGAUCAGGAGUCUGAUUCGCAAGUUACCACCUUCACUAACGAUGACCCGUCCUACUCUCAACUUCCGAAACGUGUAUUCAAACAUGUCACACACCGGCUGGCGCGCAGUUUUGAAGGAUUGACCAUAUCUACAACUGUUCCUCCCGCACUUAUACAAGCGCGUCCCAAGGUGACGAGCGAAUGGCUGAUGCGACUUUCCCCUGACGGUAAAUAUUUAGCCGUUUUACAAGAGCACAAGAUCGAGAUUCGAACCAGUGAAAGUGACUUUGAAAAAAAUCACGCGAUCUUUAACUCGAAGAGAGAUGCGUUUCCAGCGUGGAGACGUCUCGCGUGGAGCAUGGACUCGAAAAUUUUGGCUGCGACGAGAAGCGAUGGCACGAUAGAGAUCAUCAACAAAGACGGACAGCUAGUAUGUGUAAUUCUUUCCAGCUCAAACAUUAACUCCGAUGCGGAAACUGAUUCUCAGGGUAGUUCAAGAUUUUUUAUUGAACCUGUGGCCUUCUUGUCGUUCGUGGAUUCUAAGCGUGGAUCAAACAAACCAUUGAACUUUGAAGGGCAUGUUUACCGAUACGAAUUGAUCGUCGUCACUUACGACAGUGUAUUGCGUAGUUAUCUGCUUAACACACCGGAAUCUGCAGCAGUCGAUGAAAGUGAUUCCUUCUCUAGACGAUCCAAAAUUAGUGCAACCUAUACACGUGAAGGGACAUCUGAUCCAGGAUUCUUUGCUUUCUAUCAUAAAUUCUAUUUUAAACAAUGGUUGACCACUGUCGUGUGUGGGGAUGUUGGUACCACGGAUGGAUUGUUGCUUUGUCUUGGCGGAGAGCCUAACAACGAAGAUGGGGGAACCUCAACUUCGGUAGCAUGUUGGAUUUUAUUACCAGAUCGACCAUUCUAUCAUAAGCUGGAGUUGGAGGGAACCAUGGACAUAUCUACUGAUGACAUAUCAAAUUUGAGUCAAGGUGCUGGCGACGACGCUGGAUUGUUUUCUCGGAUAAAGAAUAUUUUUUCAAUUUGGCGUAAGGUUAAUAAAAAUUUCACUGACGGUAUUGUCCACAGCAUGAUCCUUUCGCCCAAUCAAAAUCACUUAUUAACCUUGGAUUUUUCGGGGACUGUUAACCUCUGGAAGGUGUCAUUUUCCAAGGGGGUUGUGAUUGAUCAGUCGUGGAAUCAACCUCGGUUAAAUUACUUUGCAAGAGGAAAAAAAUACAAGGAGUUGACUUUUGAAGAAUUUCGGGACAAGAUUUUGGAGAUUGAAAAUGAAGGUAGUGAUGUUUCUGGAACUCCUGGACUGGAGAAUGGAAAGGUGGUGUCUGUUGGAUGGUGGUCAGACGAUGCGCUCGUGUUGGGCUAUCAAAGUGGUUCGGUCAUCAUCGCCAGUCUUCCCGGAAUGGUGAAUAUUUUGGGUGAUUCACUUGAAACAUUUAAAUCCUGUCGUGAGAUUGCCAUUCAAUAUAACACUCGUUUUCUGGUCAUCGAACAUGAGGUCAAAACAAUUCGUGCGCGAGUUCACGGUGAUAACGUCAUAUCUUACUCGAGAGCUCAAGAGGAAGGCGAGGUGGAUGAUGAAUUUGAGUCCAAAACGAAUAAGUUCAUAGCUGCGAUUGCGAAUUCAUUGCACUAUGUAACCGACACAUUGUUAUGGCAUUUUGAAAACGAUUCUUCAACUGUCCGCGGCCGAUUUAUUACAAUUCCGAAGCGAACAUUUCGGCUCAAUCGAAUCUCCAAAAUAUUACCCAAAGAUUUGCUCCAUCGUAAAAUUGACGCUCUCGAAUACGACGAUGCAUUGUUAAUAGCUGAAACCUACCGUCUCGACACAGAUGUAAUAUAUCAGGCUCGGUGGAGUAAUUCUGAGAUAUACGAAGCUGCGAUUCACGAUUAUCUGGACAAAAUUCAUGACAGGCAAUGGGUUUUGUCGGCUUGCUUCGACCGUAUUACCAACUCUCCUUCCAUGAUUCGUCUUUUGUUAAGUUAUGGUCUAAAUCAAACAGAUAUUUUAGAUGAAAUUUUGGAGUCCGUUGAUGCUAAUCCAAUGAUUAAAAAGAAUCUCCGGGAACGUCCGUUGGAGGUGGACUCGGAAGUUCAAGAUCUGUUGACCAAAAUUGAACUUUCCGAGAAGCAUAUAGUCAUCUGCAGAUUCAGGCAUUAUUUUUUGAAAUACUUGGAUAGACUUCGCACCUUUGAGGACAUUGUGGACGCAAAAACAAAAAGGGAUAUUGAAAAUGGUACCAUGGAUUCAACUGAGGAAAAUGGGAACUGGGUUUCGUUCGUUGAUUAUGGUUCAACCUUUGCGGAUGAUUAUGCGGUGUUUCGUGAUAUUAACAUUGCUGCUCAGGCGAUAGACUUUGCAGCGGAUGAAUUUUUUGUUGGACUCCACAUCUUGUUCACGCGUCACGGCAAUGAGACAUUGCCAUAUCGCUUCACCAUCCUGGAGCAAAUACCGGAGACAGCCGAUCCUAAUGCUUACGAAUCCUUUUUACCGAGCGUCGGAUCGACAGAAGAGAAUGUGAUGCGCGAAUGUCUAUGGCACGAACAACCUUGGAGGGAAAUAGAUUGGGUUGAAAAUCCGAUUAUAAAACAACGAAUCUUACCGGACGAUGAAGAAUCUGAAUUUGGAAUUCCAUUGAAAGUCGUUCAAUACCCCGCGCCAUCCUCCGUUAUCACACAGUGGUACAUUGAUCGUGCUCACGAAAUAGACGCUGCUUCAGGACAGGUGGAUAGUGCUCUUACUCUCAUUCGCCAUGGAAUAAAGAAGAAUGUCAAAGGCCUGGAGACUUUGGAGGAGGACCUUCGUAUGUUGUCGAAUUUGAUCUACGAAUGUUAUCCGUCCUCAAAUUUCGGAGAUACACAUAUGACGUUGAAAAAGUUCGAGGCCUUGACAGAGUCGAAAAUGGUGGAAGCCUUCUUAUGCAAAACUAACGAGAAACGCAUUGUCAAUGAUGUUAAGCAAUACGUUCUUCCUUUCCUGAAAUUGUUGCCCGCUCGUCGUGUUCGUCAAAACAUUGACACCACGAAAGAAUCCGCCGCACAGAACGCGCAAGAUCCAAUGGCAAUCCUGCAUAAUUAUAUUUUAGAUACAUUUCCAUCAAAUGCAGAAUGGUGUUGCUUUCUAUUUGAAGCUUCUAAACCUACUUUGGACACCGAGGAUCGUAUUAUAACUUCGGACGAAGACUUGGCCAGAGUGAUUCUGGCAUGUCUAUAUGGAGAUGCCGGUAUUAGUAAUCGAUUGGACAUUGUGACGCGAAUGUUCGAAUGCCUUCCAAUUUUCGAGGUGGAGGAUUCCGAGGUUGACGGUGUUGCCAUAGAGGCCAACUCACUACAAAGUUUUACGUCACGUGAAUUUCUUGAAAUAUUUAAAACUAAAAACGAGAAGCAGCUCCAAAAGAUCAUGGAUUUUCUGGAAAUUCACUUGAACGCCUUGGAAAUACUUUCGCGGUAUGAUAGUGCCUUACCGUUACGAUGGUUUAUUCAAAGUGCGGAGAGUUACACAUUGCAAAAACAAUUAUGCAUCAAAUUGACGCGAAAAGCUCACAGUAACCCGGAGAACGGCAGAGAACGAUUUGAAAAUGAUAACGAAUGGCUUUUGUUAUUGGAAGAUAUGCAAAAAUUACGGGAUAACGGCAUCUUGGGAAAGAUUUUGGCCGAAGAACUUUACGUCGAUUUUAUUUCAGGGUUGUUGGGCUGCGGAAAUUUUCGGUUAUCACGAGAAAUCCUUCUACCGACCGAUAAACCACAACCUCUGAGCAUGAAAGUCGCCGAACAAUUAGUCAUCGACGCAUCCAGGGAAUUCUUUGACAAUGCCUCUUCUGGUAACAUGUAUUAUGGUUACAUGAAGAUGGCUCUUCAAAUACUACCGAUAUCAAGCUCGAUAAAGUCUGAACUUGAAUUCAUAGAGGCCACGCACAUCUUAUCUGAAAGAAAGGUUUGCUAUCAACCCGGGAUCACGAUACAUCCUAUUCAAAUACGCUUGUCACAAAACCGCCUAGACCUGAUAGAACGUUUGUUGAGCACACACGAAACGUCUUACAAAGAUCCCCAAUUUAUUAUGGAACUCGCAAAUAAAUUAGGUUAUAGGGAUGACAAAGUUGCAGAAGUCAAAGUAAUGGCCAUGCUCUCAGACGCCGCUUUACGUGAUGGUAACUUCAGCAUCGCAUGUCACAUGUGCAAGGACCUUAUGAAAGUUGCAAAAGAAUGUGACGAUAAUGAUUCCACGUUAGCCUCAGCAAGGGACGUUGCAUGGAGGAUUUGUUAUGAAGUUGCUAGGCAAGAGGAUUACGAGGAUUUGGAACAAAAAAUGAUCCUCAUGGGUUUUGCUUUAGCGCUGUGUCCCAGUGAUCAAGCAGUUGAUAUUUUAAAUUUGUGGAGAAAAAUGGAUUUGCAACUUCAAGAAGAGAAGAUCGUUCGUGCGAAAGCAAAGCCUUUGGAGAAGUCAAAAUUGGAAAAAAUAAAGCCAGCUGUGGAGCGCGUGGAGUCUGUGUUAACUGCACCAUUACUUCAAGGGGAUCGCCUCAAGAAUUUAGUUAGCAGCUGGCUAGGAUCUGGAUUUUAA